CAAUUAUUCAAAAUGCGCUAUUUUGGACGAGUCUACGGCAGUCGCAUUGGUAUAACUACAGUUCGAACUUACUCCUGCAAGCAACCCGUACAUUCGGAUCCGCCCUGCGUUCCACCUAAUCCCAAAUGCUUUGUGGUCGAGGACAAAUGUGGCGCGGCACGAGAUUAUCUAACUAAUAAAAUACCAUUGGACAAACACAUGGUGGAAGCUCAAAGACAGACCAAAGGUGGAGAAUUCGAACCGCCUUGCUGUGUCUCACGCAUGGUGUUUCCACCGCCCGAGAAGUUCAAGCCGUCAGUAACCAAGCCGAAGGAGCGACCUCCCUUUCGCUCGAUGUGGGAGCCCAAGUGCGAGGCCAAGGAGCAGUUUUAUUGUAAGAAGAUGCUGCCGCGCUUUGAUGAGAUGUUCUACCAUCCGUCGGACAAGAAGCGAGCCUUUCAGCGUACCUGGACCGAAUGUCCGCCUAUCAAGGAGCGCCUGAAAAAAGUAUGCUGUCUGGAUGCCAUUGAGCCGCCCGAAAUACAGCGACGGGUCAAGGAGCGUUGUCCCGCUGUCACCUGCACCUUCGACUACGUGCAAAUGCGCCACGUUUGCAAGAAGACCGAUCCUGAUCAGAAUAACAAGUGCACCAAAAUUCAUUGGCCCUGCUGCAAGCCAGCUCGCUGUCCACCCUACUGCCAUCGGGUGCGAAAGCUCAACAAAUGUUUAAGGCUACGGGCACCGCAUAAGAGUUUCUCGGAGACGCGACAGUGGCAACGUCCUCUGCGUGAACGGGAGUGCAAUCGGGUGCCGCCGAGCAUAUGUGAAAUAAUCAGAGAAGGACUUCAUCAAAAGCAAUUUAAAUUAAAGUCCGAGUGUCCCACAGGCUAGCCAGAAAUCUUUCUAAGCGAAUUGGGAGCUUAACAGACGAAGGAUCGCAAUCGUAGAGUCAAGCGAAGUUACCUAAAUUGAGAAGUAUUCAUAGGGGGGACUCCUCUUCACAUCACAAUUUCUUUUUGGCCUGCCUGACGCCACUGACGAUUGUAGUCUGAUCACAGCAUACAAUAUCCACUCUGUUGAGGGCAAACUACAAUCGACUGUGACUUUAAAUGAAAUUGAGAAUAAUUUAAUAAAAUUCAUUUUAAAUU